GUACAAGUAACUGUGGUUUUUGCUGCCAUGUGGUAGCUUAUCAAGGGCAAAACCUCUAUUACCCUGGUGGAUUUAGAACAGAUCAUGCGUAGAGGAGUUGUGCAGACCAACAAACCUCAAGAACAAAUUUGGAAGGCAACACAGGUGGACUAACCAAGGAAAUAUUAUCUCGAUUAUAACUCUACACCAAUGAUGCAAGCAAAGCAACCAACUAAAUUAAAGAAAAAAAGCAUGUCAUUGUCAUAAUCAAGAUUGUUGAGAAAAAAUCAAUGGAAGCAAAUAAAUAAUCUUCCUAAUCUGUUUUUUAUAUUCCCAGAAGUCUUAACUGGAUGGUAAUUACAUCCAAUUGACGUUACAAUGCUGCGCAAUAAAACCCACAAACCAAUUCUUUUCCUGUGCAAUAAAGCCUGCCGUGCCUGCUACAAGGAAAAAAAAAAAAAAAGAGGAAGAACUCAACAUUCUUCUUCUUCAUCAUCAUCUCUGACAUAGAAAAAUGGGUUCUCAGAUCUCUAAACAGAUUGAAAAGCGUAAAGAAAUCUUAACUGAGAAGAAGGUUUUGGUUGAUCUUGAGGAAAGCUCUGGAGAAACAUAUCCAGGUUCUGAUGAUCGUCCAUCAGACAGGAAGAAUUGGAUGGCUGGGUUCAACCCUGAGAAACUUCACAUAAACCAAAUUGUAUGGCCUGGAACCCAUGAUUCUGCUACUAAUAGGAUUGGCAUCCCAUUGAUCACUCGUCCUUUCGUUCAAUGUCAGUCUUUGUCCAUCUACCGUCAGCUUUGUGUAGGAACCAGAGUUUUUGAUAUUCGGGUUCAGGAAGACCGUCGGGUCUGCCAUGGAAUCCUGACAACAUAUAGUGUUGAUGUUGUUAUUCGACACCUCAAGAAAUUCCUGUUAGAAACUGAGUCAGAGGUCGUAAUUCUUGAGAUCAGGACGGAGUUUGGCCAAGAGGAUCCUCCAGAGUUUGACAAGUACUUGGAGGAACAGCUUGGAGAAUACCUGAUCCAUCAGGACGAUAGUGUUUUUGGCAAAACAAUUGCGGAAUUGUUACCGAAGAGGGUAAUCUGUGUAUGGAAGCCAAGGAAAUCACCAGCUCCGAAACAUGGAAGCCCGUUGUGGAGUGCUGGUUAUUUGAAAGACAAUUGGAUUGACACAGAUUUGCCAUCAACAAAAUUUGAAAGCAACAUGAAGUAUUUGAGUGAACAGCCACCGGUUUCAUCAAGGAAAUACUUUUACAGAGUGGAGAAUACUGUUACACCACAAGCAGAUAACCCAAUUGUAUGUGUUAAACCUGUGACCAACCGGAUUCAUGGAUAUGCUAGGUUGUUCAUAGCACAGUGUUUCUCAAAGGGAUGUUCUGAUAAGUUGCAGAUCUUCUCCACUGAUUUUAUUGAUGAGGAUUUUGUCGAUGCAUGUGUUGGAUUGACACGGGCAAGGGUUGAAGGCCUGCCCACUCUGGGAAUAUGCUGAUACUUGUAAUGUGAUGGAUUGAGCUGGAUUGUCACUGUUAUUGCCCAAUCACAACUUCCCAUGUAGAAAACUACUUUGUAAAAUGAUGAAAUUUAAAGAGUUUUCAAAUCGAAAAGGAAAACAAGCUAUUAUAGAAACCACCACUUUACAAGGUGUUUGUUGGUUGACAUGUUAAGCAGGUUUGGUCCACUUGCUAUCGCCACAAGUUCUUAUUCAAACUGAAACUGUAUGAAAACUUUUCAUGAAUGCACACCACUUCUAGCAUAGACGAUUUGCCUAA